AUGGUAGACGAUAACCUGCCGCGGGGCGAGGUGAUUGGGAUCAUCAUUGGUGCUGUGGCCCUGUUUUCCUUGAUCAGCCUCAUUCCUAUUGCUAUCAUGUGGCAACAUCGGCGACGUGAUGCUUCCCGCCGUGCUAGUGAAACUGCCAACCUCACUUCAUCAAUGCAGCAGGUAUCUGUGACGAGAUGGGUCGAGGAGCAGAAUGAGCCGAGCGAAACUACACGCUACGCACAGGAUAUGUGGUAA